AUGGACGUCAAGAGGACAUUAACUAUGAACUGGGACCGUAUAGGAGACGACGAUGACCAGUUCUUUGAGUCCUGCGAUCGGAUUUCAUCAGCUUUACCUGUUGACUUGGAUUCAUCUGAUGAAGAAUACGAUGACAGUCGAAUGUCAUUUGCUUCUGCGGUCUCCUCUGCAGCAGUACUUAAAGAAAUACGCAGUGUCAGCUUCAAGUCAUCCGCGAAUCCUCCAUCUGUGUUGGAGAAUUAUGAUGUAUGGAUGGCGGAACCAGGGUCUGUUCAGGACCGACGAAAGCGUCUGUUUCAAGGUAUGGGGCUGAAUAGUAACAGAGAUCUUCUGGCCAUGGCCAGUGCCAGGUUUGGUAGAGGUGUUUCGAAGAAAAUUGUGCCCCAGAGGCAGGAAGGUGAUGAUAAAUCUAAGAAAGAAGAAUCGAAGAAAGAGGCUGUGAGCAAGACUGAGGGCGAGAAGAAGAAUGCAAAUGAGAAUGCUCCUCAGGCAUUGCCAGCAACAGCUAUUUUACUUGUUCGUUCUAGAUCAGAUGGAGAAAUAACAUCACUUUUAUCUGAUUCCAGAAUGAGGAGAAAAGAGUUGAAGGGAACUGUUUCAAAACAGCGCCUUCAUCGGACAUUCUCACUUAUCAUGACACCAAAUGUUGAUGUAUGUAAGGUUACCAAAGCUGUAAGAUUUGAAUCACCAGGAGGUAGUUCCUCACUAAAUAGCGAUGACCAAUUAGGAUCAUAUUUCCUAAUAAGGAAUUUAGAUACUGGAACUGAAUUCAUCGUUAAGGAAUACAAUGACGACGGAAUGUGGAACAAACUCAGUGAUCUUCAGACAGGAAAGCAGCUUACAAUGGAAGAAUUCGAGAAGUCUGUAGGACAUUCGCCAGUUGUGAAGGAGUUGAUGCAUCGAACAAGUUUAACAAAAAAUCCAGAUGACGAAAAGAAAGUACCUGCAACUGCAGACUCAUCGAUUGCUAAAAGCAUUAGAAACAGCAAGAAAAAAGGGGCUGCACUAUUGAAGAACAUAAAGGAUGUAGCAAAUAGCAUGAGUAUCCUUAUGGGCGACAAAGAAAAAGCACAGCAACAGGCACCGCCAGAACAGAAAACCAACAACAAAAACUCCUCUUCCCAGUGGGUAAAAGUCCGUCAGCAAGGAAAGCAGUAUAAAGAAUUUACGGGUUUGCACUUGUGUCAAGAAAUCCAGGCUCACGAAGGAUCUAUUUGGACCAUUAAGUUCAGCCCUGAUACAUGUUUCCUUGCCAGCGCAGGAGAAGAUAAGGUUAUCCAUGUCUGGGAAGUGCAAGAAUGUGAAGUUGUGUCAUCAAGACCGCCUGAUGAUACGAAUUCUUCCAGCUCCACACCAGUACACCCAAUGGCAGGCAGUUCUCCUGAUCGCCCUCCUCUGCCAGAGAAUAACCCUGCCCCAGCAGAGAAGAAAACAAAAGGAAAGAACUCAAGCAAGAAAAAGGGGAACUCAAUUCCCGACUAUGUCAAUGUGCCAGGGACUGUAUUUGCGCUUUCGGAACGACCAGUAUGUUCCUUCACAGGUCAUCAGGAUGAUGUUUUGGAUCUCUCCUGGUCAAAGUCUCAGCUACUGCUUUCAUCUUCGAUGGACAAGACAGUUAGACUGUGGGACAUGGAAACAAAAGACUGUUUAAAGAUGUUUUCUCACAAUGAUUAUGUUACAUGUAUACAAUUCAAUCCAGCGGACGAUGAUUACUUUAUCAGUGGUUCACUGGAUGCAAAGAUUCGUAUUUGGAACGUACCUAAUCGGCAAGUUGUAGACUGGAUGGAUGUACAUGAAAUGGUUACGGCCGCUUGUUAUAAUCCUGACGGUCAGAGUGCUGUAAUCGGUUCACAUAAAGGAACUUGUCGCUUGUAUAGCACAGCUGAUUCAAAGCUUGAGCAGAAAGAGAAUAUUGAUAUUCAAACUAAGAAAAAAGCUCCGCCAAAGAAAGUUACAGGUUUUCAGUAUAACCCAUCAAAUCCAUCUGAACUGCUAAUUACUUCUGCGGACUCACGGAUUAGAAUAUUCGAUGGAUCAGAUAUCACUCACAAGUUCAGAGGACAUAGAAAUACUAGCAGCCAAAUUGCAUCUUCCUUCAGUCCAGAUGGAAAAUAUAUCAUAAGCGCAAGUGAAGAUUCUCAAGUCUUUGUCUGGAAACUGGAAGAGUCUCGAAAUGGUAAAAGCAAAACACUUGUUAGUAUUGCAUCUCAUGAACAUUUCCCCAGUAAGGAUGUUUCGGUUGCCAUUCCAUGGCCUGGUAGUAUAAAAAAUGAGGUUCCAGUUGUAGAAUUACAUUCCAGAAAGCACUCAAAACGCACAACGCCACAAUCCCAAUCCACCAAUGUUUCUCCAACCAAAGAGGAUGCAGGAACUAAUAGUAAGGGACAGCUACCACCACUUCCACAAAAAAAUAAUCAAUCAGAUAAAGUUAAAAGUAGCCCAGAGGAGGACCAAGAUCAAAUUUCUCGUACAGAGUCAGGGAUAGGCGAGUCAUUAAGUUCGGCUUCAGUGAGAGAUGACCCAUCUUCUAUCUCUAAUUCUAGCAGCAGUUUAGGAUCUUGGUCUUCUUCUUGGUCUUGGUUUGAUGGAGGCAACAGCCACGGGCAUACUGUCCAAGCAACAGCAUGGGGCAUGGUAAUUGUGACAGCGGGUGUGGGAGGUGAGAUCAGGGCUUAUCAGAAUUUUGGACUGCCUCUCAAGGCUGGCCGUCAGACCUAUCUUUUUAGAGACCUUACAUAAAUAAAUAUAUAUAUACUGCCAAUACUCAGGAUCAGCUUUGAACAUAUAUAAACUCAUUUAAAUUUUAUUAUGCAUGAUAUACAUUUGGCAAGUGGAUCAAACAAGAACAGUAUAACUUGUUCUUUGCAGUCACUUAUACGUUGUAAUGGCAAUUUUCAUAUUAUAGUAGAUUAGCAGAAUGAUUAGAAGCUCUCUUUCUUUGUGUUGUAUUCUGGUGUCAUGAUUAGAAGUUUUCUUUCUCUGUAUCGUAUUCUAGGUAAGCUCACACCAAAUGUGUAUUGAGAAAUUUUACUCUGAGUUCAAAUUUAGUAUCUUAACUUUUGGGAAUUACUGAAAUUUGGUGCAUUGUAUUAGAUGAAAUAUUUAGCAUGCACAUUGUAUUUACAUUAUUAUAUAUAAUAGACCAGAAGAAGGUAUUCAACCACUACGAUACAUUGGGUGUCCCAAAAGAAAUUUUUAUAAUUUGGACUCGAAAAUCACAUUUAUACAGAUGAAUUUUCUUUUGCAAUUUUCAAGUGGAAUAACUUUUACAGCAU